UGUUGUGAUAAACUUAUUAAAUAGAUUAGCCAUGAGAGGACAGAGGCCUUUGCUGAGCUUUCUUCCCCUUUUUACAUACAUUGCUCUGUCAACUUGGGUUGUUAUAGGUCUCAUAUAUUUAUUUGGCAAGUACAGCUACAAGUUUGACAUAGGAUGGGCUUUGACUUCUAUCGAUCCAAUUGCCUGGGCCAAUGUUGGAAUAGCGCUUUCCAUAGGGCUCUCAGUAAUCGGGGCGGCGGCUGGUAUCUACAUCACUGGCACUAGUAUUCUCGGUGGCGGAGUGAAGGCACCAUGGAUUAGGGCCAAGAAUUUAGUCAGCAUUGUGUUCUGCGAGGCGGUUGCCAUCUACGGAAUCAUAAUCGCCAUUCUCAUGUCCUCGAGCAUAGAGGAGUUUGACGUCAAAAUGCUGGAUUAUGAGACGCUUAUGAAGAACUAUUUCGCCGGGUAUAUCAUAUUUGGCGCUGGAAUCACAGUCGGUCUGACCAACCUAGUAUGUGGGAUCUCAGUUGGAUUAGUCGGCGCGGGAGCAGCUUUAGCUGAUGCGCAGGAUACGAGGUUGUUUGUGCGAAUCCUCAUCAUCGAGAUCUUUGCCAGUGCCAUCGGUCUGUUCGGUGUCAUCAUUGGCGUCAUAAUGGCCUCUAAAGCAGAUAUGACUGCAGGCGCCCCAAUCGCCGCUUGAACAGUCCUCUUUCCUUAACACACAACAUCCCAGGGCACUACAACAAAGAUUAAUACCCAGGUAGAAAUUGGAUCGGUAUAUAGCACUGAAAAAAAACAUCAGACAGCUCCAAACAACAAUCCGGAACAUUCUAGAAGAGCAAAAUACUUAAAUAACCAGAGGAACUCUUUGAACAUUCUUUGAAACGAAUCCCUAGUGUCUUGUCAGACAAUCUACGAUUUCAGAUGGCGGAUUUUAUUUGGAUACUUAUCAAUAUCAAAUCUCAUUAUUGUCGAAUCGAUUCCAUCUGUUGUUAUGUAUCUUAGUUUGCUGAAAAUUGAAUGUUGUUAAAUUUCUGACCAAACAUUUAAUCGGUAGUUUAUCUUUUUCAGUAUUUGUCAAAAUCACGACUUUAAAUUCUUCUCAAGGGGCUGUGAGGUAGCCACGGAAGUUACGUGUAUUUGUGUGGGUUUGAUAUCGUAAAAUCCUUCGAAACCCGUUGCACGCUGAGUAUAUUUAAUUCAAAUGUAGCUUGACCUGCCGAUCAGUGUAAUUGUUUACAAAUAAAAAGCAUGGUGCUAAACAUGGUAAAGUUGUAAUAAAAAUCAGAUCAAAUUUCGGAUUCAAUAUUUUGAUGGUUGCUACCAGGAAGCGUUUAGUUCGAAAUUUGACUUUCAGAGCUCUAUUUAUUGGGUUUUCGUAUCCUCGUUUUUUUUAGAUUUGGGUGAAUUUAAAUUAAAAGCACAUUUGCUAUUACGACUUUAUGGUUUGAUUAGAUAUCUAUAAUACCCGUUUUGUUCACAUCUGUAAAUUUAGCUGCUCAAUCUUAAUCUAUAAACUAUUUCUAAAUAUCGAUCAAAUUGUUGUUAUAUUCAGCACCUAAAUUGAUACGUUCAAAUGAUGGUACUCAAACAAUUCAUGUCAAUUUAAGUACAGCUACCUGCGAUAUGGUUGCUACUACUAUUACCGUGUAAGCAGAUUUUAGAAUUGAAUUGCAAUUGUUUUCAAAAG